AUGAGGCAAAAACGAGCCAAGACGUAUCGCAAGUUGAUGUCAAUGUAUCAUCACACCUUCGGCUUUCGAGAGCCAUACCAAGUGCUGGUCGACUCUGAGAUGUGCAAGACUGCAGUCUCCCAGAAGACAGACUUCCUGGCACAACUCGGCACAUCAGUACAGGGAACUGUGAAGCCCAUGAUAACGCAAUGCUGUAUACACGAACUAUACUUGCAAGGGAAACCUCAGCAAGAGGCCACGGAUCUCGCCAAGACCUUCGAGCGGCGUAAAUGCAAUCAUCGAGAACCAAUACCUGGGGAUGAAUGUUUGCUCAGUGUCACUGGUGACAAGAACAAGCACAGAUAUGUAAUCGCCACACAGUCGCAACCUCUGCGCCAAAAAUUACGCGCCAUACCCGGUGUCCCUAUCGUGCAUGUCAAUCGGUCUGUCAUGAUACUGGAACCACCCAGUGAGGCUACAUUACGAGCGAAGGCUCUGGCUGAAGCCAACGCCCUUGGACCAUCUACGUCUGAAGCCGCACAGCUCAAAGCGGUCGCGCCCCAGGCGUCUGAAACACCGAAGCCCAAAAAGAAGAAAGGGCCCAAAGGGCCUAAUCCUCUUAGCGUGAAGAAAAAGAAGGCAUCGGAGCCUACACAGGCAAAGCGGUCCGCACUCAUGCCGAAGCGCGAUGCGGCCAGUACGGGCGAGAAGCGCAAAAGUAUCGAUGUCGGUGAUACAGGGAGCCAGGUAGUGUCUGGUGAAGACACGAAGGAAAGUGAGGUCUCCGGACAUAGGAGGAAACGACGUCGAAAGGUGGCAUCAGGAGACAAUUCAGGAGACGUGACGGCGCCGCCAUAG